AUCGGGUGGUGAGGGAUCUGGCGUUUGGAAUGGAGUCAGGCGGGAAAUACUGUAUCACUGGGGCAGAAAGAGAAUAAGCAACAUGGUACUGGAAAGCUGGUGGAGGUGAGAACCAAGAAGAAUACGAACCAAAAGCAGCAGCCUGAGACAUAGGCCAUUAGGAUUUAAGGAACUGGAACAAGGGGGAAAAUGUGUAAGGGCUUGUGCAGAGAGUGAGGAAGAAGAUGACAUUGACAUGGAAGUUGAAGAUCAAGACGGCAAGGAGACUGAAAAGCCAAACAUCAUUAAUUUUGAUACUAGCCUGCCAACUUCACAUGUGUAUUUAGGAUCUGAUAUGGAAGAGUUUCAUGGAAGAACUGUCCAUGAUGAUGACAGUUGUCAGACUAUCCCAGUCUUACCCCAUCUGAUGGUAAUGUUGAUUCCCGGACAAACACUGCCUCUUCAGCUCUUUAGCCCCCAAGAGGUUAGCAUGGUGCGGAAUUUAAUACAGAAAGACAGAACCUUUGCUGUUCUUGCAUACAGCAAUGUACUUGAAAGAGAAGCACAUUUUGGAACGACAGCAGAAAUUUAUGCCUAUCGAGAAGCACAAGAGUAUGGAAUUGAAACAGUCAAAGUAAAAGCCGUGGGAAGGCAAAGGUUUAAGGUUCUUGAAAUAAGGACUCAAUCAGAUGGAAUACAGCAGGCAAAGGUGCAAAUCCUCCCUGAGCGAGUUCUGCCUUCAACUAUGUCAGCAGUGCAGCUGGAGUCCUGCAGCAGAUGCCACAUAUUUCCUUCUUCCAAGCCUGCAGCAUGGCAGGAUCAACAUAUACAUCAAUGGCGGCAGAAAUAUCAAAAGCGCAAAUUCCACUGUGCUAGUCUGACUUCCUGGCCGUCUUGGUUGUAUUCCUUAUAUGAUGCUGAAACCUUGAUGGAAAGAGUCAAGCAGCAGUUGCACGAGUGGGAUGAAAAUCUUAAAGAUGAAUCGCUUCCAUCAAAUCCAAUAGAUUUUUCAUACAGAGUUGCUGCUUGUCUGCCCAUUGAUGAUGCGCUGCGAAUUCAGCUGCUUAAAAUUGGUAGUGCUGUUCAGCGACUACGAUGUGAACUAGAUAUAAUGAACAAAUGUACGUCUCUCUGCUGUAAGCAUUGCCAAGACACAGAAAUAACUACUAAAAAUGAAAUAUUCAGUUUAUCUCUUGGUGGGCCUAUGGCUGCAUAUGUGAAUCCUCAUGGAUUUGUGCAUGAGACGCUUACUGUGUACAAAGCUUGCAACUUGAAUCUGACUGGCAGAUCUUCCACAGAGCACAGCUGGUUUCCUGGGUAUGCAUGGACUAUAGCUGAGUGCAGAAUCUGCGGAAGCCACAUAGGCUGGAAGUUUACUUCAACAAAGAAGGAUAUGUCACCUCAAAAGUUCUGGGGAUUGACCCGUUCUGCCCUGCUGCCAAGGAUUCCAGAAACAGAGGGUGAAUCUGGUAAAAGAUCACUGUUGCUUUGCCUGUGAUCAGAUAACCUUACCUUGGAUGAAUUAGCAGUCAGUGUCUUCUUAAAAAAAAUAUCAAAAAAUCUGCAAAGUGCUGCAUCUUAUGUCUGAUUAUCUAAAAGGAUCUGUUCACUUGAGCUUUGUGCAGAUAAAAGUACUGUUGCUUCCAAAGGCCCUGAAAAAAAUGACAUUUUAAGAUUGAGACUUCUGGAGGAAGAAGUACCAAAUGUGCAACGGAGAUGAGAAAAAAAGCAGUCCCCCCCCCCAUUCUUUCAUAAACACUGAAACAGACAGCUCAGACUUAGAUUUGCCCUGUAAUAAUGCAAGAAGACUCAUACUAUCGGUGGGAAGAUAAAACUGUGGAGGAGGAAUGAAGACUGAGUGUAACUCAACUUGUGGAUAAUGAACAGGUAUAAGAUAUUGCCCACUGUUAUAUUUGCCUGUAGAAUGUUGUGAAUUUAUAAGAAGCCCUGUUUUUUUAACUGUGUGAAAUAAGCUUACAGGUAUUAGUGUUUGCUUGAAUAAGCCUUAAAAGAGGACAAGGCCUAAACCUCCUAUAGAGGUUCAUGUGAUGACAGCAGGUCCCUCGUCACAAAGUGGUUGCUGGCAGAAGCCUACUGCUGAAAGGACUAUUAUAUGCAAUUCCUUUGUUAAAAAAAAAAAUCCCUAUAGAAUUGUUUUGUUGUAUCACCUUUAGCUGAUUUUGCUCCAUUUGGCAUGUUCUGACUGAUUAUUUUUUUUCCUUAAAA